AUGCGAAAACACGAGAAGGUGCUCUCCCUUAGAGCCAAAGUUGAAAGGCGUAUCGCAUGGGAACCGCCAACGAGUGGUUGGAUGAAGAUGAAUACUGACGGAGCGUCAAGAGGGAACCCUGGUUUGGCCACAGCUGGAGGUGUCCUACGUGAUGAGAAUGGGAGAUGGGUACACGGUUUUGCUCUCAACAUUGGCAUAUGCUCAGCCCCGCUUGCCGAGUUAUGGGGAGUCUACUAUGGGCUAUGUAUGGCGUGGGAGGGACGAGUCACACGGUUGGUUGUGGAGGUGGACUCAAAGGGACUGGCUAGUCCGAGUUACUCAUCUACAGAGAAGCGAAUCGAGUUGCCGACGGUUGGGCGAAUUACGCGUUCUCAUUACCUUUAG